AUGUUUUUAUUAACUUUAGUAUCACUUGCUCUUCUGAUUCCUACUGCUACAACUAAAAAUUGUAGAAAUCAAUCAUCUAUUGCACAGUCUCUCGCUGAUGCUCACAUCCCAGGAACUGCAAUCGUUGUAGUCAACGCAACUGAUAUUCUGUAUCAACAAGCCUUUGGCUAUCAAACUUUUUCCGCAUCAAGACCUAUCAAUGUGACCAAGUCUAUUUUUACUCUAGCUUCCGUAUCUAAAACAUUUAUUGCUGUUGCUAUCAUGCAACUUGUUGAACUGAAUCUGGUCGAUCUCGAUACAGAUAUCAAUCAUUACUUAUUAUCUACAGAUCCAAGAAUAUUCCAUCCACUCUAUCCUUCUCAUGCAAUUACUUUACGACAAUUACUUUCACAUUCAGCAUCGAUUGAUAAGAAUGGUGAAAUGCCAUUUGCUUCUCUAAAACCUGGCGAUUCCGCAUUAACAGAGACAGCUUUAGCUGACAGAUGUUUUACAUAUUUAAAUCCCAACGCAUCCAAUUGGCUACUACAACCACCAGGUACUGUAUCACUCUAUUCAAAUAUUGGAGCGUCUCUUUCUGCAUUGAUCGUCGAACGAGUAAUGCAAAUGCCAUAUGAACGUUAUGUCAGAGAAAAAAUUCUAAAUCCGCUUGGUAUCAAAAUUGGCGAAGCGGGUUUUCGUCUUUCAGAUAUUCACAAUAAAGAAGCAUUGGUUGAACAUUAUGCAUUCAAUACAUCGUAUUUGGAAGAAUGGAGGCAGCAAUUACCACAGUUAAAUGUUACUCAAAGCAGUGUUUCUGAUUGGCUUCACAUUCCGUUCUUUAGCAUACAGGAUUAUCCUUCUGGUCUCAUGCGAAUGUCAGCUAUGUCGUUAUCUUUAUUUCUUCGUAUGUUUAUGAACAAUGGAUCAUCCAUUUUGCAUCCUCGUUCCAUUAUCGAAAUGCGAACAUCAGUUGACGGAGUUAUUCCUUACCAAAAUCCAAACUCACCUAGUAACCAAUCACCACUGCCACCAUUUAGAUAUGGUCUCAUUUGGAAUUGGCAAACGAUGCCUAAUGGUCGUCAAUUAGUUGGUCACAGCGGUGAAAUGCCAGGUGCAACGAAUUUGAUGGUGACGAACGAAAAUGGUACUGUUGGCAUCAUUUUUCUCUCCAAUACGGAUGUCAUGAUCAGCAAUGGUUCAUCGAUGAAGUUUUUCGACACACUGAUCAGUAUUCUAAUGUCUCUGUUUGAUUGCUUCGAAAAUUAA